AUGGCUCGGCUACGAGUCUGGUUGCUGACGGCCUUUGUGGCCAUAGUGGCAAUCGACUCUACGGUCGCCACAAACUGUUCAGCUGCCGAUGCGACUCGAAACUGCAUCGACGGUCUCGUCGUGCCCAUCUGGCGACCAUUUCUUGACCUCAGUGCCGGAGACAAAAUCCUCCGUGGUUUAAUCUACUUUAUCGUUAUCGCCUACUGCUUCUUGGGAGUAUCAAUCGUAGCGGAUCGUUUCAUGAGCAGUAUCGAAGUGAUUACGAGUAUGGAGAGGAAAAUCAUCAUAAAACGACCGGGACUGGAUCCAAUGGAAGUGAACGUACGGAUAUGGAACGAUACUGUUUCAAAUCUGACUCUCAUGGCGUUGGGUUCUUCCGCUCCGGAAAUUCUGCUCUCCAUCAUUGAGGUGAUAGCGAAAAAAUUCGAAGCUGGUGAUCUCGGACCCAACACAAUCGUCGGAUCGGCUGCAUUCAAUUUGUUUAUGAUCAUUGCCAUUUGUGUUGCAGUUAUUCCUAAUGGAGAAGUUCGUCGGCAAAAACAUUUAGAUGUGUUCUUCGUAACUGCUACUUGGUCAAUUUUUGCUUAUAUCUGGAUGUAUGUGAUUUUGGCUGUAGUAUCGCCAGGAGAAAUUGAAAUAUGGGAAGGACUUCUUACAUUUGCCUUCUUCCCACUUACCGUACUUACAGCUUGGAUUGCUGAUAUCAAAAUCAUUCAGACCCGUUUCCUUCCUCGCCGCUAUCGUCGUGGAUCUCAUGGAAUGAUCGCCACCGAGGGUGAGGAAUUGAAAAUGUUGGAAAGUAACGGAAUCACACAGGCAUACAAGGACUUCAGUCAGGAGUUAGAGGAUAUGAGGCCCGGACGAUUCAUACUGCCCCAUCCAGCUCAGGUGUUUCAGUUGGUGCAGGCUCAAGAAAAGCAGACAAGAGAAAAUACAUGCAGGAUAUACUUUGAUCCAGCACAUUACACGGUACUUGAAAAUGUUGGAACGUUCGAUGUGGUCGUCGGAAGAGACGGAGGACCAGACGGAUUGACCGUAAUGGUUGAUUACUAUACUGAAGAUGGUACAGCUAAUGCCGGAUCGGAUUACGUUCCUGUCAAGGGAACUCUUACCUUCUAUCCGAAUGAUAAGGAUCAGAAAAUCAGUAUCGAAAUCGUAGACGACGAUGUGUUCGAGGAAGAUGAACACUUCUACUUACAUCUGAAAAAUCUUCGUGUUCGCACCAAAGACGGCUUGAUUUUGGAUCCUUCACGAAUUGGAGGGUUACCCGUAGCCCAGCUCGAGAUGCCAGCCACGGCUACCAUUAUGAUUCUGGAUGACGACCACGCUGGUGUGUUCUCAUUUGAACAUGAUCAUUUCGAGGUUGUUGAAAGUUGUGGCCAUCUAUCACUCCGGGUCCAACGACACUCAGGAGCCAGAGGAAAGGUAGUGAUCCCAUACAGUAUUGAUGAAUUGAUUCGAAAUGAAUGUAUUUCAGAACAUACGAUGGCCUUUAUUGAGAUUGGUGUCAUGGAUACGGAGCAAUACGAAAGGUCCGACUACUUCUUCAUCGAACUCGGCCCGCCUAUUUGGGCAAAGAAGAUGAGCGAUCUGAGCAAAGUGCAAGAACGAUUCCAACGUCGUAUGGAACAGAAACGCAGAGCAUCUAUUGCUUCGGAGUCCAAAGAAAGCAGUGAACCAGUUCUAGGUCGACCACGAAGAUCCGUGGAUUUUUUAUCGAUGGAUCCUAGACGAAGGACUGUCUCUGCUUCACCAAAUCUCAGCGAUCGCUUCAAAAAGCGUAUGGGAUCGUGGAUCGCCGGCAUGAAAGGCGGUGAUGAUUUGGCUGGCUUGACAGCUGACCAGCUGGAAAUUGCCGAAAUGGGAAAACCACGUAUUGGGGAAUUCCCUAAAUGUCAAAUUACCAUCAAAGAAAGCAAAGAAUUCCAGGGUAUUGUCGAUCGAAUGAUUAGAAAUGCUAAUACAAAAUUGAUGUUGGGAACGUCAUCAUGGCGAGAACAAUUCAUUGAUGCCCUUACCGUUGGUGCUGGUGAUGAUGAUGAUGACGAUGAUGAUGAAGGAGAUGGAAGCGUGGCAAAAGAAAAGGAACCACCAAGUUGCGGUGAUUAUGUCAUGCAUUUCUUGACAAUGCCUUGGAAGUUGAUCUUCGCAACAAUACCUCCGACUGAUUACUGGGGAGGAUGGGCAUGUUUCGUCGUUUCCAUCUUCAUGAUCGGCGUUCUGACAGCAGUUAUCGGCGAUUUGGCUUCACAGUUUGGCUGUUGGGUCGGCCUCAAGGAUUCCGUCACUGCCAUUUCAUUCGUCGCUCUUGGAACCUCUGUACCUGACACAUUCGCCUCAAAGGUAGCUGCUGUACAAGACAAAUAUGCUGACAAUUCUAUUGGUAAUGUGACCGGUUCAAAUGCAGUAAAUGUGUUCCUCGGUAUUGGAAUCGCAUGGUCCAUGGCUGCUAUAUACCAUUUCUUCAAUGGAACAAAGUUCCUCGUUGAUCCAGGAAAUCUUGGAUUCUCUGUAUUGGUUUUCUGCUUGGAAGCAUGUGCCUGUAUUACUGUCAUUGUGCUGAGGAGAGGAAAACUCGUCGGUGGAGAAUUGGGAGGACCUAUGAAGUUCAGGGUCCUGACUUCAACAUUCUUCGUCUCCCUAUGGUUUUUAUAUCUGACCUUGUCAGCACUUGAAGCCUAUUGUUAUAUUAAAGGGUUCUAA